AUGUGUAGCUCUUGGCUAGUCUCAAGUAAAGCAUCUAAAGCAUUCCGAUUCGAGCUUUGCCACGUGGCCGUCACGAUGCGGUGCCACUACGAGGUUCUGAGCGUGGAUCGCUCCGCAUCGGCGGACGAGAUCAAAUCCGCGUAUCGCAAGCUCGCGUUACAGUGGCACCCCGAUAAGAAUCAGAGCAAUGUCGAGCACGCUACAGCGAUGUUCAAGCAGAUCCAAAGCGCGUACGAAGUGCUAAGCGAUAAGCACGAGCGAGCGUGGUACGACAGCCAUCGCGACUCGAUCCUUCGCGGCGACACGCACCACGACGGCGGAAACACCGACGAAGACGAAGACGAAGAUCUGUGGGGUUACUUCUCCGCCUCCGCGUACUCUGGUUACGGCGACACUGGCGAAGGGUUUUACGCAGUGUAUGCGAAAAUCUUCGACGAGAUUUUUGAGAAGGAGUUCGCAGCGGCUCGGCGCGCGGCGCAGAAGGGGGAGGAGGUGGACAUGUCGGCGCCGCCGUUCGGCAAGAGGGACAGCUCAGCUGCUGACGUGUCAGCGUUCUUCAAGUACUGGCAGUCGUUCGUGAGCGUGCGCGACUUCGCGUGGAAGGAUCAGUACAAUCUGGCCGAGGCGCCCAAUCGACGGGUGCGGCGGCUGAUGGAGGAGGAGAACGCGAAGCUUCGGAGGAAGGCGAAGCGCGAGUUCAACGAGGCGGUUCGCCAGCUUGCGGCGUUCGUGAAGAAGCGCGACCCGCGCGUGAAGGAGCAGCAGGCGGAGGCGCGGCGCGUGGCGGCGGAGCGCGAGGCGGAGGCGAAGCGGCGGAGGGAGGAGGAGCGGAGAGAGAAGGCGCGGCGCGCGCAGGAGUAUGAAGACCCGGAGUGGGCGCGGGGGGAGGGGGAGGGGGAGGAGGGGGAGGAGGAGGAUGAGGAUGAGGAGGGGGAUGGUGUGGAGGGGCGCGGAGAGGGGGCGGGGAGGCGGAAGGGGAGGAAGGCGGGAAGGGUGGAGGAGGAAGAUGACGAUUGGUUUGGGGAGACUAAGAAGGGAGGACGGAAGGGGAAGGGGAAAGGGAAAGGAGGUGCAGGGGCAGGGGUGGGGGCAGAUGGGUCUGAAGCCGUGGGAAAUGGGCGGGGCGACGGGCAGGGUUCGGAGAGAGGCGGAGGAAAGAAGAAAAAGAAGAAGGGCAGGCAGGGGGGCGCACACACGGGAGGAGGCACGCAUGGGGGAGCGCAUGGGAAUGAGGAUGGGGAAGGGGAGGGGGAGCUGGGUGAGGCGGGGUUGGAUGACGCGUACUGCGUGGUGUGCAGCAAGGCGUUUAGGAGCGCGCAGCAGCUGGGGAACCACGAGCGCAGCAAGAAGCACCUGGCGCGCCUGGCGCAGCUCAGGGCGGAACUGCUGGCGGACGAGCUGGCAGAGAGCGCGGGGGAGGGGGAGGGGGAGGGGGAGGAGGGAGAGGAGGUGGAGGAAGUGGAGAUGAGAGAGGGGAAGGAAGGAGAUGGGGAUGGGGAUGAGGAAGCGGUUGGUAGGGAAGAGAGUGAAGAGGACGAGAGGGAGGAGGGAGAGGUGGAGGAGGAAGAAGGGGAGGGGCUUGAUGGAAUAAGAGGGGUGGAGGACGGUGGAGCAGGAGAGGAGGAUGAAGAGGAGGAGGAGGAGGAAGAGGAGGAGGAGGAAGAGGAGGAAGAGGAGGAAGAGGAGGAGGAGGAGGAAGAGGAGGAGGAGGAAGAGGAGGAAGAGGAGGAAGAGGAGGAGGAGGAGGAGGAGGAGGAGGCAGGUGAGAUGGAUGAGGAGGAGGAGAUGGCAAUGCUGGCAGCGAUGCUGGCUCGACAGCAGAUGGCUGAAAAGAAAAAGAGGAAAGAGAAGGCGAAGAAGAAAGAGGAGCAGGAGGAGCAGGAGGAGCAGGAGGAGCAGGCAGCAGAGGCAGCAACAGGGGGCGGGAGCAGGGAAGCAUCAGCAGCAGCUGAGGCAGAUGCAAGGGAGGCACUACAGAGUGGCGGCAAGGGGAAUGCGACUUGUGAUGCUCCAGCUGCUGCCCAGGGCUUGCAUGAUGCGGCGGAUGGGGUGGCAGCAGAGAGAGACGGGCAGGGGGCAGCAGCAGGUGACAAUAGUGAAGGGGACAGCAGGGAGGGCGUCGCUCGCCAGCCUAUGCCUGCCGUGCUGCCUCCUGCUGCCACUGACUCACAUGUGCCCCUUGCCCUUGUGCUCGCUGUUGGUGUGCGUGUGUCUGUAUGCAGCCAUCACUGGCCUGUGGAGUGUGUGGUCUCGAGUUCGAUUCCAGGAACCAACUGUUCAAGCACAUAG